UCCACAUUUGAUCCCUUUCCCUUUAAAUAUAUACACACACACACCAUAUCAAAAUGCAUAAACAUUCAAUCAACUCUAAUUUUCACCGCACAAUUCCUCUUUUCAUCGCCAAAAAAUGAAAUCAAAAUAUCUAAAUCUAGCCUCACUGAUCAAACGCAAGCUUCUCAAACCAUGCAAAAAAGUAGUGAAAUUCCUGGUGAAGCUCCGCCCUAGGAAGCCGCUCUCCAUCAAAUCCCUCCGCCGCCGCCGCAUGAUGACGGUUUUCCGAUCGCCGCGCGACGAGAGGGAGAUGGACCGGGUGACGGAGCUCACGAGCUUCUCCGACGCCGCGCCGCACCAGAGAGCGCCGUUUCCGUCGCCGCUCACUCCGGCGUACGUAAAAUUGAGCGGCGAGGAAGACGAUCGCGUGGAAGAGGCGUGCAGAAGCUUCGAGAAGUAUCUGGUGGAGAUGAUCGUGGAAGAGGGGAAAGUGAGGGAUUUGGGUGACGUGGAGGAGCUGCUCUACUGCUGGAAGGAGCUAAGGUCGCCGGUUUUCAUUGAUUUGGUGUGCCGCUUUUAUAGGGAGCUUUGUACAGAUCUGUUUUCCGAUCAAACCUAGAAUUCGUUUCAUUUUCUCGGUUUUAAUUUUAAAUUGUAUGUAUAUCAUUUUUGGUGAUGCUUAUAGUUGUAUUGCACUUGCACUUUUCAUGUAUGAUUUAUAAUAGAUCAAUACAUGAUCCUAACUAAAUUCA